AUGCCGCUGUCUGCUGCGGUGACAAUACUGGUCUUCAUGACUACAUCAAAAUGGACAUAUGCACCCAGAAAAUUCUCAGAGCAAGUCGCGCCUGAGUGA